AUGUUCACCAUCUCUAUAGUUUUGAAUCAGAGAUCAGCCUCAAUCGUAUGUCGCCAAGAUAAUGCUCAUGAAGACGCAAUAUGGUCUGGUUGUUGGGCAAAAAGUUUGAGGGAUGGAUCAGAACAUAUCAUUAGUGGCUCGAUUGAUGAUAAAGUCAAAAUUUGGUCAUGGUACAAAGAAAAACUCGAACUAAAACAUACAUGUGCUGGUCAUCGUCUUGGUAUCGUUUCUGUUGAUGUUAACCCACACGGAACGGUUAUUGCAACGUGUGCGUUAGAUGCACAAAUAAAAUUAUGGGACAUUGAAAGUGGAAAACUGAUACGAGAUAUUGAUGCAGCACCAGUGAAUGCAUGGAGUUUAGCAUUUUCUCCUGAUGGACAUUAUAUUGCUACAGGAAGCUUUGGUGGUAAAGUGGAUUUAUACAAUUUUGAGAAUGGACAAAAAGAAAUGACAUUAGAUACUCAAACAAAAUUUGUGUUAAGUGCCAUUUAUAGUCCUGAUGGAAAAUUGAUUGCAUGCGGAUCACAAAAUGGUUUUGUUAACAUAUUCGAUGUACCUACAGGAAAAUUAUUACAUACAGUCGAAGGUCAUGCAAUGCCAAUUCGAGCGUUAGCAUUUUCUCCUGAUUCUCAGGUGUUAGCCUCAGCAUCCGAUGAUUGUCACAUUCGAUUAUAUGAUAUUCAUAAUGCUCAGCCAUCAGGUGUCUCAAUGAUGUCUGGGCAUAGUUCAUGGGUAUUGAGUGUAGCAUUUAGUUCAGAUAAUCAACAUUUAAUCUCAUCUUCUUCGGAUAAAUCUGUCAAAAUUUGGGAUACAAAAGCAAAACGUUGUGUUUAUACCUCUUGUGAACAUUCUGAUCAAGUUUGGUGUGUUCGAUACAAUUAUUCUGGUACUCAAUUUGUGUCAAUGUCUCAAGAUAAAAGUAUUUUAAUUCAUUCGUUUAAUCGAUAA